AUGGCCCCCACUCAUGGGUACGAGGAAAUAGAGGGGCGCUAUAAAGAGUAUGCCUAUAGCCCUGUAUCAGCGAGUUCAACUUCAGCGGUGUACCAUUCAACCACCCUUGGAACAUAUCCCAAAGAGAACGGUGCCGGUACAUCAAACUGUCGUAUUAACGUUAACAACAGUGUCCAAAAGAAACGUCGCGUUGCAGAGAUGGCGGAGAAAGGGUCGACGCUGCCGCAGUACAUCGCUGCCGCUACAGCGAACCUAUGCGUUGUUGGAACUGGUGCUAUGCUAGGAUGGACCAGUCCGAUCGGAACUUCAUUAAUGAGUAAUGGAACAGACAGCGGUAGUCCCCUCAGCGGACCGAUCACCGUUGACGAAAACUCAUGGAUUGGAUCAUUAGUUGCCAUCGGAGCGAUGCUUGGUAGCUUCAUAGCUGGAGAUUUGGCGGAAAGAUUUGGUAGAAAGAUCACAUUGCUUUCCUCGGUGGUCCCGUUCAUGAUUGGCUGGGCCUUAAUCGCGACCGCGGGACACGUUGAACAAUUGUACGCGGCCCGAUUUGUCCUCGGUAUCGCACUGGCGUUCACGUUCACAGCUGUUCCUAUGUACUGCGGAGAGAUCGCUGAGACGUCUGUCAGAGGAGCUCUGGGAUCCUUCCUGCAGCUGUUCAUUAGUUUCGGUUUGCUUUACUCGUACUCGAUCGGCCCAUAUGUGUCCUACACUAUAUUCUGGAUUCUCUGCGCCGCCGUGCCCAUCGUCUUCGUCGUGUGUUUCAUCUUCAUGCCCGAAUCGCCGUACUAUCUUAUGAAAGUCGGCAAACGCGACGCAGCGAUCAGUGCUUUGGCCAAGUUACGAAGCAAGUCCACUGCCGGUGUGGAAAAGGAAGCGGAUGAAAUGGAGGCUGCUAUCCAGGAAGCAUUCAAAGAAGAGGCGAAGCUGUCAGAUUUGUUCACUGUUAAAGCGAACUUCAAAGCUCUGAUCUUUACGUGCUUGAUGGCUAGUUUCCAACAACUGAGCGGUAUUAACGUGGUUCUUUUCUACAUGGGCACUAUCUUCGAAAGUGCUAAGUCUUCGCUGCCCAGUGCCGUUUCUACCAUAAUCGUGGGCGCUGUACAGUUGGCGGCUUCUGGUGUCACUCCGAUUGUCGUCGACAGGCUUGGCAGAAAAAUGCUGCUCAUCUUCUCGGGUGUCGGUGAAAUUGUCUCCCUGACCGCGUUGGGAAUUUACUUCUAUCUCCAGAAAUAUGACGCAGCAUCCGUCGAGAGCAUUUCGUUCCUUCCGGUCGUAUCGCUGAUCAUCUUCAUCGCGACGUAUUGCGUCGGUUGGGGCCCGUUGCCGUGGACCGUGAUGGGUGAGAUGUUCUCGUCGACCGUGAAAUCGAAAGCGUCCGGCAUCACCGUGUGCGUGUGCUGGUUCCUCGCGUUCAUAAUGACCAAGUUCGCUAGCACUCUUCAGAACGCGUUCGGUGCUUACACGCUGUACUGGUUAUGCGCCGUGUUCUGUCUGAUCAGCGUAUUGUUUACGAUAUUCAUCCUGCCCGAGACGAAGGGAAAGAGCCUGCAGGAGAUUCAGGACGAGCUGAACGGUUUCAGUUCGGAAGUACCAGAGUUCAACGGAUCCGGAAGUAAAAAAUGAAGAAUCGAAUAAGAAAACAGUAUUACGUAUCGAACCCGAGGACAACGAUUGCCGCGGUGAUUGUCAAUCAGUUUUCUGAAGGUUCUCGAGUGCCAAGAUCACUACAUAUCCGUCAAACAUGUACACAUGCACACAUACACACACACACGCGCGCGCGCGCGCAUACACACACACGUAAUAUUCUUCCCAACUUUUACGUAAAAAAAACUUGCGUCUUCAAUACUGCCAAAGACCGCGAAUCGCGAUUCGAGAUUGAAUCCGUGAAUCGCCACCGCGGCACGCGAUGAGCGGACACUAUUUCUCUCUAUAUCUGUUUUUAUUUAGAUCGUUAGGAUCAUAGCAGUGGGUUGAAUCGACAAUGAUCACGAAUUUAAGAUUUUGCAUCUACGCUAAGGUGCAUGACACGUGAGAUCAAUACAAUGACGCAACAUUUUUAUCGUAAGCAGAAGACGAUGGAGGAAAUAGAAUGGAUUUAAACUUUUCUUAUCAGAUUCCAUAUAUCCCAUAAUUUCAAAAUCUCUGCAGGACUAUAAUCAUCAUUGUAUUUUCCAAUAUUUUAAUCCUAGAUAGAAGAUAAAUAAAAUAAAUAUUUCAAUCACAAUCAGACGGAUUUGAAAUAAAUAGUAUAGUAAAAAUCUAAUUUCUACUCAUGUCUAUACUUGAUGACUUGAAAUCCAUUCUGUUUCUUACUACAGCCAUGCAAUAAUAGUUUUUGAAGAUAUUUAUUUCCUGACAAGCUUUAGCCGUUCGACGUACGCGUCACUUCCUACACGCGUAAUUGGUUUAAAGCGAUCCUCCUUAAUACCAAGUAUAAUAAUAAUAUUUAACAAUAUAAUUUAACACUGUAUAUUAGAUAUAUAUAUACAUAUAUACAUGCAUAUUAUACGUAUAUGUGCAUAUAUAUAUAUAUAUUUAUAUAAAAGCAUAUUAUAAGUAUAUGUGCAUCGAGGACGAUAGAACAAUCGCACACACUGUGUAGAUUUCAGUUGAUCGAUCAUCGAUCAUGAAACAAUCGCGAAUGAUCAUGAACGCAAAAAGCGAGCGAUUCAUUGCCACGGAAAUUCCGCGGACGUACACAAUCGAUCUUUAUCUAAUUAAUAAGAUGUUCGUGCCAGACGUGAUGAAAGGGAAAAAACAGGAACGACGCAGUUGCAAAUUCAGGCAUCGUACUGUGUCGCGAGAUUCUUGCGAUCGAGACGCAAGAAUUAGAUUAGAGGAACGAUUUUUAAGGGACUAACUCCUUAGGUUAAUUAGUGUAGCACAUUCCUAUUUUACACGAGGCUGUACUGUUGUGUGGAUAUUCGUUCCUUGUUGUAAGUGAAUUUAUGUACGAAACUUGUUAAAAUAAUUUAUAUUCGUUCCUCCGAUUUGCAACACUUUAACGUUUCUAUUAAAGACUAAGUAAUUUUUACAAGAAUUGUUCUUUUUCUUUCAAUUUCUGAGAAUAAGAAACCAAGCGCGACAGGUUGCUUGAUAUUACAGUAUCCCACAAUUAGUGAGAACAAA